AAGGAUUGAGUAAAAGCCAAAGGAGCUGGUUGUGUUAGUUUGCUGGCUGUUGAAGUGACCUCAGGUCAUUUUCAACAUUUCUGGUUUUGGUUUGUUUUGGUAGAAAAUGAAUGUGUUAUCUCCAGCAUAUGCUCUCCAAUGCAUCUUCAUGUGUUCCCAUCUCUUUGUUGUAUAUCAGGUUAUAUUAACUGAAGGCAGAAUCAUAACACAGCAGGAAAACAUUCAGAGGCAUAGCUAGCCAGAUUCAGGCAUUUCUCGCUCUGCUGUUGACUUUUCUGGUAACUGUGAGCGAGGCAGCACAAUCCAGUCACUCCUCUUUUCCUCUCUGAGGAAAAAAGAAUCCUUCUUUUUUCUCAUUUUGAAAAUAGCCUUAGAUGAAAAUGGUUCUGCAUGCAGCAUGUAGGGUUUAUUAUUUUACCUUUCUUUUCUGUUGUCUUUCCCCUGCUAUUUUUAUUAAUUAUUUUGUUGCUGUUCUCCAUUCAAUAGGUUUGAAGGAAUUCUAAUAACUGUGAUUAUGGUUCCUUGAAGGCUCACUUAGCACACCUUUUGGAUGAAGGAAAGAAGAAGACAAGGUCCUCUAAGAAGAGUAAAAGCCGCACUUUAAAUAGGCAUUGGGAAAUGUCUGCUGAUGCCAUGCCAUUACCGUGUAAUCAGCAGAAGUGUGUUGGAAAAACACCCAUCAGUGACUUCAGAAAAAAGCCACAGUCAGACAGACCACCUACAACUCUUCCAAAGGCAUGGGGAAAUGUAGAUUCAAGUUCAGCUGAGAAAGUCAGAGGCCUACCUGAUGUCGUUGUUCCUGAGGAAACAGGCAGCAAUCCAUGGAAGUACCUGGCAGAACGGCGGCAAAAGCGUCACGAUCGAGCAGUGGCCGAAAUGCAGCAGGAGCUGGACUGCAUUGGCAGGGAGAAGGAAGCCUCUGUUUUGAAGCUUCAGGAAUUCCUUCAGCUAAAAGUGAUGGAAUCAGAUAAAAAGAGUAAACUUCUGUUUGAAAAGAUUGCGUCUGACGUGGCUCUGGAAGGUUUCUCUUUUGAAGGUUUGGAAGAACUGUGGAAUAUGAUCGACCAGGAAUCCUCAAACAGAAAGAAGUGGGUUAGGGCAGUGGACGAAUCCCUAAAGGAGAUCGAAAGGAGUCGAGCCGUUAAAAUAGCAGAUGUGCUGUCCAAGUAUACCGUGCAGCUGGAGGAAAUUUCCUUCUUCUUGGCAGCUGAUGUUCACAAGCUCAUUAACGAUAAGGCCAUGACUAUAAACAGAGCACUGUUGCAUAAUGAGAGGGCAACUGCCAAGCUGCUCUUUAAUCUAAUGAAAUCAGAGCUCGAGAAAGAAAAAUUGCAUCAACUAAAAUGGCAAGAGAGAGUCAAGGACUGGAAGCUCAUCCAAAAAAACCGUGUAGUUCAGAGUUUCAGAGAAUUUAUGGCAAGUGAAGAAAUACAGAAUCCCCCAACUGUGAAAACGGAAAUGGAAAAUAUGAUAAAGGAGCAGAUUGUACUUAGUGAACAGAGACUGAGGGUUUUGCAGCACACUGGCACCUUGUUGCCUCCAACACACACAAAAUCUGAGAUAAAUGAAUGGUACAGAACUCUGGAGAAUUUAAACAAAGUUAUAGACACCCGUAAUGCAGAGUGCGUGGAGAAAAUGCGUGUCCAGUAUGAGCUGGUGCAGGGCAAAUGUGAGGAAAAAGUGCAGAUCUGCAAGAUGAGCUUGUUGGAUAUGAACAUUUGCCCAGGAGUUGUUGAAAUUGUGUAUUGCGACAUGCUUCAGAUGACUGAGAAACUAAAACACAGGUUUGAAGAAGAACUGGAGCACAUGGAUAGUGAUUUUAAGGAGAUGGCUGAACAGCACAAGCAGCAUUGUCAAGGCUUGUACAGCUAUGUUGAGGAGGCUGUGGGUCUCUGGGAUGUCCAUCAACUCCAACUGUCCCAGCAGGAAGAUGUGCUUCAGAAGAAAGUAGAUGAAUACAGAUGGGAACAGGAUGACAUAAUACAGACGAUGAAAGAUGAUCUGGAUAUAAUUCUGGAAAAAAUGAAAAUGGCGAGCUGUGAAGAAGAGCUGGAGGAAUAUUUGGAGAAUGCCCUUUUUUCUUUAAAUGAAAUUAGAACGAGGAAUGAGACACUCAAGCAAAUUUUAAUGGAUGAAGUAAUGGCUUACCCAAAAGCUAUUUGGGGGGAAUUGACUUCUUACACUAUAUCCAUCACCCAGCAUUUUAGUGUGAAGGAAAUCUUCAAACAGAACUUGCAAGGCCAGAUAGACGCCACAGUUCAAGAUCAAAAUAAUACCUCAACAGUCCAAACAGGGCUCGAAGCAAGGUCAUCCCAGCCCAGAGCAGAGCAGGACAAUCAUCUCUCUCCACUGGUGCCAGAAGAUAGGGACAGCUGUCAAAAACCAGCUGGAGAAACAAACCCAACUGAGAAUCACAUGAUCUUGGCACAGGAAAUUGAAGGAACAGAGGAAGAAGAAGAUGGGGAGAGUAUUCCUCAUAAAAGUAAAGAAAAUGAGCAUGCAGAACAAGCAGUAAGCAUUAUGCAGUCAGUGGCCGAGAGCAGCAAGGCAGAAAGGACUGAAAUUGCCAUGGAGUCUCUUUCCACUGCUAGUGGAAACACUUCCACUGUUCUUGGAGUUGAGGAGGCAGGAAAGACUGACAGGACAAAGAGUAAUUUUACAAAAUACAGAGAGGAAGAAUCACUUCCUAUGUACCUGAAAUAUGUACUUCUCACAGAAAGUAUGUUUGUCAAGCUGAAGAAAAGGGUUCGCCUCUGCUUUUUUGAACACUUGGAGAAAUGGUGCGCAGAAUCCUCGUCCAGCUCCUUUAUCUUUGUAGCUGCCAAGAAAGAGGAGCUGAAUGCAAUACUUCUGCUGCAUCUUCAGAUGCAUCAACAAAAGCAGGAGGAGAUACAGACAAAUAUCUACAAUGCUCGAGCUGCGGAACUGGCGCUUCACAAAGAGCGUCUUGAGUGCCACUGUGCAGUGCUGGGAGAAGGCUUGAAAAAGGAGAAGGCUGAAUUUCUCAAAUUCUCCGACCAGCUAAAUAACCUCAACACAAACUUUCAUUCCCGAGUCCAGAACUUGGAGCAUGACUUCCUCCACGCUCCUGUGACUGAGCAAUCAGCUUCUUCCAGCAACAUUCUGCAAUCAGAACUCCACAACCAUUUGGAAUCAAUCAGGGUUACUGUGAGAAGUUACCAGCACCACUUGGAGGAAGCUCUAGGAAAAUUAAGGAAUUUGAAUGUGGGUUUUCUCAAAAGUUGCAGAUUAUUUUCAGAGGCAGGUGACUUUUCUUCUGAGGAGGUAAAUGUUUUCACCAAGUGUCUUCAGAAAGAAAGUAAGCAAAUUGACUCCUUUGAAAGUUCAAUCAAGACAGAUGUGAAGCAAAUAGAAUCGAGCUGCUUGGAGCAGGCUACUGAACUUAUCAAGAAGUAUGGAAAAAAGUUUGCUUCUCUCUCUCUGAGUCAAGCCUUUAUGGAGAAGGUCCAUCAGUCUUUGAGACAGCUACGACAGCAAAUCAAAUUAGAGGUAGCAAAUUCCAAUUUGCAGUCAGUCACAUUAAAGUCUUACCUGGAAAAGCUCCAGAGGAAGAGAGAUGCAUAUGUUCAUUCUACUGCAGAUAAAGAAGCUUUAACUUCUGAAGAGUUGUAUGAUUUUGCCAGAGAGGUGUUGAAAGAGCUGAAAAAGAGGAGCCAGUAUCUUGACUGCUUCUUAGUAAAAGCAAUGAUCCCACGUGCCCCCGAGGACUUCACCACUCUUGGCACAGAUGGGACAUUGCAAGAGGACUUCACCACUCUUGACAGGGAUGGGAUGUUACAAGAUUCCAUUGCUCCUGCCAUUCAAAAAGAGAGUCUCAGAGCUGAGAGCAAAAGGAUGGUGAUGGGACUGGAUCCUGACAAAUUCCCUUUGUUAAAUCCAAGCAGAAUGGGUACAUCAGUACUUGAUGAUUUGGCAGUAACUGUUAUCAGAAAAUUAGCAGGGUUUGACCCAUUAAAAAAAUCCCAAGACCUAAAUCAGGGGAGAGCAAAAAAGAAGAAGGUAUCCAAUGCACAUUCUCAGAAGUCUGCAGUUCAGAUCAGGAAGAAAUCAUCUUGUGAUGAAACAAAGCCAAAAAAAAGUGAAAAAAAAGGCAGAAAAUCUCUUUCCAUGGAAGAGAGAUCCCAGCUAUUUGGAAAGAAGUCUAUGAAGUCUAAUACUUUUAAGGGGACUGUUAUGAAUAUUCUCUGGAGGGGUAACAACACCUUGCUCUCCCUUGGUGAGGAGUUCUAUGGAGGAAAGAAGAAUCUUCAGAUGAGAAUGCCUGAAGAUCUGCCAGAGACAUUUGAACAUUGGGCAGAAAUGCUCAGACUGAAACUAUUGGCAUACCAAAGGCAGACAGAUGAUUACUACAAUUUCUGUCUUGGAGAAUUUCGGGAUCAGCUGACGUGGUUUGAGGAGGAGCUCUCUUCUGUUUCCCAACUGGUUGUGGAAAGUCUUUUAAAAGAACAUGAGCAGAAACUCAGCUCUUUUACUGCUUAUACUCAGCAUCUCUUCAGCAGACAGCUGAAGGAGUGGGAGGAUGUGAAGACUAUGCACCAGAGAAAAUUACAUUACUCCCUGGGACACCCAGAUAACUCCUUUCAGCUGGAGGCUUUGUGCCAAGAGGAAAUAAAAAGGCAAAAAGAUCAAACUGAUGGUGUUCACCUCAACACAAAGAUGCUGCAGGAUUGUGCUGCUGAGUGUGCUCAGAGCUUUUUUUCUGCACUGGCUGCCCUCACUGAAAAGCUCCUCUUGGAACUAGAUGAAACCAUCACUGUUGAUGACAUACAAGUAGCAGAAACUGAAAUACCUAGAGAGAAGAUGUCGACUUUAAUCCAUCCUAAACAAGCUGGACUUCCUCUAGGAACCUCUGAAGUUCCACAGUUACUCAAACGAGGAAGGAGGAGUUGGCCAGGAAUACCUGAGACUAUUCUUCCUGACGCUCCAGACUAUACUCUUUGCAGAGGAACUGCAUCAGUUCCAACUGCUAAGACUACCCUGGGCCAUCUAGCAGUGGUGGACGCAAGACAAGCUGCAUAUAAGAAAUACAAAUGUAAACUCGAGCAGAUGUUUGCCCAGAUCAAGGAAGAAAGUGCAGCUCAGCUGCGGGCAAUUCAGCGCUGGAAUGAUUGGUGGGAAGAAUCUGUCCGGAAGAUAAAGCUACUCUACGUCUGAGAUCAGCCAAAUUCUGCUGAGCUUUGUUGGUGUAAAUUGACAUGGUUGUAUGAAUGUCACUGAUGUUUUUCUUUUAUCUUACUAAUCUGUUGCACUGAAA